GUAUUUCAAGUUUUAAUCCCCUCCACCAGGCGCCCGUGGCGUGCGGCCGCGGAGCUCUUCAUUGGCGUUCUGUUUGUCGGAACGUUCGGUUCACUGCAAAAAAUUCUUAGAAAUCCUUAGAUUCUUAGAAUUUUUUGUAAGUACUAAUUAAAAGUAUUGUAAACGGUUUUACCGUUCGAUUGUUAAUAUUACUUCAAUGAUUUGAUGGACAGCUUGUGUUCGUCAAUGCUGACACCUCAUCGAUUCACAUCGCGAGCGCAGCGAAGCUGUCGCGUAACCUAUUUAAUCCAUAAUGGAUGAACCAACGACAUCAGCAUCACAUUCUGACCCAGAAAAUCUAAAUAUGUCCUACAUAAAACAUCAAGACAUAAUUACCACAGAAAAUCUGGACAUAACAGACCCAGAAAAUAUAGAAAACACAGAUAUACUGAUAACAAUUAAGGAUUAUGAUGACUUUGAUUUUAUCAGGGAUAAUUUAAAGAAUGUUCUGUAUUCUUCACAAUUCUGUGGGAUAUGUCUGGGGGUUAGUGACGACUUGUGUCCUAUUGGAAGGGAGUUGGAGGUGGUUACGCAUAAGGGCACUGAAGUUAGAGCACUGGACGAUAUUGUCAGCUAUGUUUUUAAUAAUAGUGUCAGUAACAUCCUAGCCAGCUCCUACCUGUGUGAUAAAUGCAUCGACAAGGUCUUGCCAUCAUACAUCUUCGUAUGCAAUACUCGAGACUCAUACAAAGUCAUCAACAACUGCAUAAACGAGUUGAACUUUAAAGUCGUCAAUGCUAUACAACAGUUAAACCCAGUAGAACAUUAUGAAAACUCUGAAGUUCUUAUAAUUCUAGAGAAUGUUGAAACACCAUAUCUUGAAUAUACGGCGGCGAAGGAAUCUAAACUUAAAAGUAAUACAGUUACUGUCAAAAGAAAAAAUAUAAAAAGAAGACUUAUAGAAAACCAGCAGGUUACCGGUGUGUUGAAUGUAACGUAAUAGUUCAAACUUUCAAAGAAUGGAAACAGCAUGAAAGAGAUUUUCAUGAAAAACCUCAAAUACAGUGUCAAAUUUGCAACAAAGUUUUAAGCACUGAGCAGAGUCUUAAAAUUCAUUAUAAAACGCAUGCUAUGAUGAAAUGCAAGAUCUGUAAUUUACUAGUACCAGAUGGAGAUUUGAACGAACAUUUUAGAUUGAACCAUGAAGAUGACAAGAAAACUUGUCAUAUAUGUAAUCUAGCUUUUUAUACCAACAGCGAAAUUAAUUCGCAUAUUAAAAUAAGCCAUCCUAAUGCAGAUGACCCAGAUCCAGAAAACACUAAGUCACAAUGUCUGUUAUGUCUUAAACAUUUUGAAGGCGAAGAAUUAAACGAACAUAAAUGUAAAUUCAAGUGUUCUGAAUGCUCAGAAAUACCAUGCAUUCAUCACAAGUAUCUAAUAUCUUAUAGAGAACAAAUAAAAGCCAGAGCCUCGAAAAUUAAAUGUAUGGAUUGUGACUAUGUGUGCCAUAAGAAAGAUUUUCUCAUCGGACAUGCAAAUCGAGAGCAUUUGGAUCACAUAUCAUUUGCUUGUGAUAUUUGUGGGCAACGUUUCUACUCCAAAGUAGGUUUAAGAGGGCAUAUCUAUCAGUUCCAUACAGAAAGUUACGUAUGUGAAUAUUGCGAUCAAGAAUUCAAGGGGAGCACAAAUUACUACGAAAAUCAUAAGAAGCAAUGUGGGCUAACUAAAAGAGACUUUAAAUGUAACGAAUGUCCAGCCUCAUUUGGCACUUAUAAAUUCCUCACUAACCAUAACAAGAGAAGGCAUAUGCAAGAAAUUUACCCUUGUAAUUUAUGUACGAAAACAUUUUUAACUGAUGGAAAAUUAAAAGAACAUACAGUUAAAGUGCAUAGCGGUUUGCAGAAUAGAAAUAGGAGAUCCUUUACGGAUUGCGUGAUUUGUGAAAAGAAAUUUGAUACUAGAGCUGAUUUAAAACGGCAUAUUAGAACGCAUGGACCGAACGCUAAAUUUCCUUGCCGAACUUGUAAUAUAGAGUUUGAUACGUUAAAGAAAUUACAUGUACAUAGGCGAAAGCAUGUGAAGUCCUAUUGCGAACGGGUGCAAUGUAAUGUAUGUAACAUGGAGUUACAGGCGGCAUGCUUAUCCCAGCAUAUGCUAAGACACGCUGUAGAGUCCGGAGAAGCGCCAGCAUAUAGCUGUGAUAUAUGCGGCAAAACAUGUUCCUCUCAAGUGUAUCUCCGAUAUCAUAAGCAAAGCCACAUGAAGCCAAUACCUUGUCCGCUUUGUGACAAGUUGAUUAAGCCGGCUGGUUUACAGAAACACAUCAAAUACCAUUCAUAUAAAGAUGAUCCCGUAAUGAAGGAAAAAAUGAAGCGGAGAUAUAAAUGUGAGGUCUGUGACUAUAUGGCUUCAGACCCUAGUAUAUUAGAGGCUCAUGUCAACCGUCACCAUUUGAAAGUAAAGCCAUACAUAUGUUCAGUUUGUGAAAAGGAUUUCUGUGGUAAACUACAACUGACUAGACAUAUGGACACUCAUUAUGUGACUAAGAAUUAUAGUUGUGAAGUUUGUGAUAAGAAAUUUUCGAAUAAAAUCUGUUUACGAAUGCAUUUAAGACUACACACUGGUGAACGACCAUAUUACUGCGAAAUAUGCGCAGAAAGUUUCAUUUCAGCGAGUGCUUUGAAAACACAUAGAAUCAAACGGCACUCCGAAAAGUCUAUACCGUGUCCAUUUUGUAAUAGAAUGUUUUAUAUAGCUGUGGAGAUGAGACAGCAUUUCAAGAAGUUUCAUUGGCCGCAUAAGGAUAGGAAGUUUGACCAUAGAGAGGUAGAGGGAUUAGGAAAGGAGUAUUAUCAUCUGUUUGAGGAUGGACGAAGGCCGCGGUUGGAUGAUGAUGAUGACGGUACUAGCAAUGUCAUUAUUGAGGAGGUCAAUGAGUAGAGAAUUAUUGGUCCUUUUUUUUAUGAAAGAGGGGGAAAACGAGCAGACGGAUCACCUGAUAGUAAGCGUUAACCGCCGCCCAUGGACACCCGCAACACCGGAGGCGUUGUGCGUUUUCGGCCUUUAAGAUGGGUACGCUCUUUUCUUGAAGGUCAACAACAAUUCAUUCCAGUUUGGCUGUGCGAGGCAGAAAGUUUCUGGAAAAACGCACGAGGACUGCCAACCAUCUAAGUGGUGAGGAUGGAAAUGUUGUCGCGUAGGGCGAUGGAGAAAAGAAGCGGCAGGGAUUAAUCCGAACAAUUACUCGGAGCACUCCCCGUUGUACAUGCGAUAGAGAGUGCAGAGCGAGGCCACAUCUCUACGCAGCGCCAAGGAAUCAAGCCGAUCCGAAAUACGCCGGCAGUCGACAAUUCGAUUCGCUCUUCGUUGGAUGCGGUCCAGAGGGAGAAGCUGGUACCAGUACCAGAGUGCCCCUGCCCAUAGAUGAGAACAGUAUUCCAUAUAACUAUGACAACUAACACACACAAAUAACUAUUAACUUAACUUAUAACAGUGUUAUAAUUUGGCAAAGUAAUGUCAUUGAAGUUCUGGAGGAUUUUUAGCCUCUGCCACCUGAUUUUGAACUCUAUUUCAAAGUGAUAGGGUUUAAUUUUGCAUAAUCUCUGACACCCUUAUGCCUUAGGGCAACCCCACUCUAGCGUCUAAUCGGCGCUAUGGAAAAUGGCGUCGCCGCGCAGUUGCGUCGAGCAACAUCCAUGUCUUGACGCCAACGCUCGGGACACGCCAGUGUGGGGUUAAAGCAUUGAUCAUUUGCCAUUAUCCCGUCCUGGCAGGUUUCGGCCUCGGCGACUGAGUUUGUACUGGCUAGUGAGAGCGACGAUCGUGAGCUCUCAGGUGGCUGACGUAGCCUAUUCUCGCAGUAAAUGUACGGCCACACUCACCGCAAGUCUGCACCCCUUCGACAAAAUUGUAGCUUAUGACCGCAGGUGGUCGGGCCUUUAACUCGUCACGCUUCGCGUCGAGUUCCACUCGCCUCUGCUCUUCAAAGGCUUGCACUUAAGUCUGCACUGUAUGCCUCCACUUCGGCCGAUCUUGUGCCGAAGUCUCCCAGUGUGAUGGCUCAAUGUCACAUCUCCGCAUGUGACGCUUCAGCACAUCUUUGUAGCGCAAAAGUUGGCCGCCCUGUUUCCGCUUACCACUUUGCAGGACUCUUCUACUCACCGCACCAUCGCAGUUGUCGCCGCAUUAGGCUUCAAUGCCGCUGACAUUAGUACGGCGAAGAACUUCGGUGUUUCUGACACGGUCUGACCAAGAGUUGUUCAUAAUGUCACGCAGGCAUUUAAGGUGAAACCUAACCAAUCAACGAAUGUGUUUUCGGUAGAGACAACACUUUCAGAAACUAUUAAUUUGUAAUUGGUACCUCAGAGGGCUUGACGCGAAAAACGAAAUUUCAUUAUCUACCUCCCUCGCUCGAUAUUACAGAAGUGACAGCAGGCAGAUAAUGAUUUUCGCGAUAUGCUCUUAGAGGUGCAAGCUUCCAUAGGUUAUAGUGACUGCUUACCAUCAAGCUUUACCUACGCUUUUUGUGAUCAAAUCUUUUGUAUUGUAAAUAAUGAAAUUGUUCUUAAGCUGUUUUAAAUCAGAGGGAUAAACUGUAAAAUAUAUGCUAUCAUGUGUGGUUAUUUUCUAUGGUUAUAAAAAAUUGCAAAUA